AAUUUAUUUUAAGCUUAAACAACAUUGUGUCUUAGUUAUGCAAUAGAGCUUAUUUUAUUAUUUCUAGACAUAUAACAUCCUUGGUUUCAUCGUAGUUUUUAUUAUAUGCAUUUUCACAAUGAAAAUAUGCGUCUUCUUGCCAUUACUGAUAGCUCUUGGGGUUGUGGAGGCCGUAACCUAUAUCCAUAAGGAAGGUUAUUGCAUGUGGUAUGGACAGUGUGGAAAAAAUUCUCGUGGCAAAUACAUAAAUUGCCUGUAUAAUGGACCGGCAAAGUCUAUUGAGAACAAAAAAUCCCGGGACAUCCUUGACGAACUUUGCCCUGAAUUGACCAUUAAAAGUGACAGCAAAGUUUGUUGUUCGUACGAUCAGGUUGUCAGUCUUCAGUCGGGUAUUAAAACUGCUCAGACAAUGAUGGAAAGAUGUCCUGCUUGUUGGAAAAAUUUUCGUGAGUUAUAUUGUCGUUUGACAUGCAGUCCAAACAACUCAAUGUUUCUCCUUCCAUAUAGUGUAAAGAAUUAUACAAAUAUCAGUAAAUCUAUUGCUUCAAUUAGUUAUUAUGUCGAGAAGAGCUUCAGAGAAGGUCUUUAUAACUCGUGCAAAGACGUCGUAUUUCCCAGCAAUAAUCAAAAGAUAAUGAACUACUUAUGUGGGAUGCCAGCUGAUAAAUGUGAUUCACUGAAAUUUUUAAAUUUUAUGGGUGAUCCACAGAAGAAUGGCGUUUCACCGUUUUUGAUUCAAUAUCCUACAUCUCACGCCAAAGGAAUUCAACCAAUGAAUGUGAAGAUCAGUUUGUGUAACGAAAGUGUUUAUGACAUAUACAGUAAAAGCAACAAGUCAGCCUGUAGUUGUCAAGAUUGUGUUCUGUCAUGCAAUUCAAUACCUCCAUAUAAUCCACCAAAACAUUGGCAUUGGGAUCUUGGUUUUAUUAGUUUAAAUGAGAUCAGUUUUGUUACAUUACUUGUGUACCUAGUAUUUGUUGUCACAUUUAUAACUGCAAAUUUACUUUAUUGUAUAUAUUCUUCUUGUUGUAAACGAAGUGAGAGUGAGCAAGCUAAAGUUGCUGAUGAUCCAAUAGAACUCUUGGGGUUUGUUGGACGAAUUGGCGUGAAAAUGGACAAGUUAAUCAGGAAUGGUUUCAUGAAAUGGGGUAAUAUUUGUUGUGAUUAUUGGGUUUUUGUUAUCAUUUUGGCUAUUUUAUUCAUUGGUGCUUGUGCUGUUGGUCUGAAGGAUUUCACAGUCACCACAGAUCCUGUGAAACUUUGGUCAUCUCCAGAAAGUCAAGCUAGGAAAGAAAAAGAUAUUUUUGACCAAAAUUUUUCACCCUUCUUUCGUACUGCUCAAAUGAUCUUCUCUGUUAAGGCUCAUAGUAAAUGGAAUGCUUCAACGUGUUACCAUACCUUUUUUGAACGUGAUUGUAAAUUGACUGGAAAUAUCUUACGCUUGGAAGCUUUUCAGAGGAUUUUGAAAGUUCAGACACAUUUGACGAACAUGAAGGUUGCAUAUGGCUCAAAAAAUAUCACACUACAGGACAUCUGUAAGAAACCACUUGCUCCAUAUAACAAUAAUUGUACAGUCAUGAGUCCAUUACAAUAUUGGCAAAAUGACUUGAAUAAGUUGAAAAAAUGUAUUCUUGCUUUGGGUGGGAAGCCAUGCGAGGCUCCAAAUCCUCUUGCAUCUUAUUCUUGGGGAGACCAUUUAGCAUAUUGCAACAGCGAUCCCUCGUCAAUGAAUGAUGUCAAGCUUGGUAUACCUUGUCUUAGCUCAUUUGGGGGACCUGUGGCUCCAAACAUUGUCUUAGGAGGUUACCAUGGUAAUAAAUAUUCAAAUGCAAGUGUAAUUGUGGUGACUAUUGUGAUUAACAAUCAUGAAGAUGAAGCUCACAAUCGUAAAGCCAUGGCUUGGGAGAAAGAAUUUCUAAAGUAUAUGAAAAACUUUAAGGAUGAUGAUUUAGAUGUUGCUUUUAUGGCCCAGAGAUCAAUAGAGGAUGAAAUUAAACGGGAGAGUCAUGCUGAUAUCUACAUUAUUGUCAUCAGCUAUAUCAUCAUGUUUGUUUAUAUAACCUUUGCACUUGGUCAAGUUAAUAAAUUUGACAGAUUUAUGAUUGACUCAAAGUUUCUUCUUGCAUUAGCUGGUAUUAUUAUUGUUAUUGGUUCUGUUGUUUGCUCGUUAGGGAUCUUCAGUUUUGCUAAAGAACCAGCAACAUUGAUUAUAAUAGAAGUGGUUCCAUUUCUUGUGUUAGCUGUGGGUGUUGACAAUAUUUUUAUUCUUGUUCAAAACUAUCAACGUGAUGUACGGAAACCUGGAGAAACAGUAUCCAAUCAAAUUGGUCGAGUUUUGGGGGAGGUUGCACCUAGUAUGCUGUUGACAUCAACUUCUGAGGCUGUUGCAUUUGGUUUUGGUGCUCUAUCUUCAAUGCCAGCAGUCAGAGUGUUCUCUCUCUAUGCCUGUGUUGCUGUGUUUAUUAAUUUUCUUUUCCAAGUCACUUUGUUUGUUGCAUUGAUGUCUCUUGACAUAAAACGUCAACAGGGCGACCGUUACGAUAUAUUUUGCUGUUACAAAAGCACUCAAGUAUCAAAAUUAACACAUACUCCAAGCUUGCUGUAUAAGUUUUUUGAUAAGAUAUUAUCGCCAUUUUUGCUUCUUCCCACUGUCCGUGUCGUAGUGGUUAUUGCGUUUUCGACAUUACUUGCAUUAAGUAUAAUGGUUAUACCAAGCAUUGAGAUAGGAUUGGAUCAAUCACUUUCUAUGCCUCAGGAUUCAUACAUGAUCACAUAUUUUAAAAUGCAGUCAAAUUAUCUCAAAGUUGGUCCCCCUGUCUACUUCAUCCUUGAUAAUCCUCAUUAUCCUUACCAAGAACGUAAAUGGCAGAACAAAAUUUGUGGUGGUUCUGGUUGCGACAAAGACUCUUUAAUAUUGCUUGCUUUUAAGGAUUUUCGAUCGUCUGAACAAACAAAGCUUGGUGUCAGUCUGUCGUCAUGGAUAGAUGACUAUUUUAGUUGGAUUAUUCCAUCUACAUCAUGUUGUCGAAUGUUGGAUUAUACUAUAAACAAAACUGGUCAUAAAAUUAUAGCUAAACCCGGUACAUUUUGUAAUGCAACAAUGACACAAAGUUGUUAUCAUUGUCAUUCGUGUUUAAACCAGACUACACAAAGUAAUCAACGUCCAGAUGUUAUAGAGUUCAACAGAUAUUUGCCUUUCUUCCUUCGAGAUAAUCCUGAGAGCAAAUGUCCAAAGGGAGGUCAUGCAGCUUAUUCAGACUCUGUUAUUUUAAAUAUGUACAGUUUAUUAAAUGCAACUCUAAACACAAGUGCUGUAAGAAUCUCGCGUUACAUGGGCUAUCAUACAAUUUUGAAAACGUCAGCUGACUAUAUUGAUGCGUAUAAAACGCUAGACGCUUGGCAAAGAGAUGUCGAAUACCACGGAAAGUCGUGUGUUUCCAUAUAGCAUAUUUUAUGUGUAUUAUGAACAAUAUUUGACUAUCGUCCAUGAUGCAUGGUUCAAUCUUGUCAUAUGUUUAGCUUCAAUAUUUGUUGUGACUUUCAUGUUGAUGGGUUUUCAAUUUCGCAUUGCAUUUAUCGUUACGUUCACUGUUGCAAUGAUAAUCACUGAUCUCUUGGGCUUGAUGUAUAUCUGGAAUAUUUCUCUAAAUGCCAUAUCGCUUGUAAAUCUUGUUAUGGCUGUUGGUAUUUCCGUUGAAUUUUGCUCUCACAUUGCAAGACAUUUCAGUUUGACUGAUGGCAAGGAUAGAAUAGAAAGAGCAAAACUUAGUUUAGCUCACAUUGGAAGCUCGGUAUUUAGCGGCAUUACACUGACAAAGUUUGGAGGUAUUCUCGUUUUGGCAUUUUCAACAUCUCAGAUAUUUAAGGUGUUUUAUUUCAGAAUGUAUCUGGGGAUCGUAUUAUUAGGAGCAAGUCAUGGACUUCUCUUUCUUCCUGUUUUUCUCAGUUACAUUGGCCCGAAUUGUCGUCGUGAUAAACAUUCAAUUGGUGAUAUCCAAGAAUCGAGCCCAGACCUCCACACGGAGAGUUCUCCAUUAUUAACCAACUCGAAACCGGUGUAUUCGUGAACAGAAAGAUACGAAGGUUUGCGACAGCAUACCUUGACCGUCUCUCUUUGUCAUGUUAAAAACAAAGCGUUAACGAGGAAAUUAUCUUUACUCCCAACUAAAAUUCAUAUCUAUUCAUAUAUCAAAUGAGGUUGAUUUUUUUUGGAAAAUAUCCGGUUUAAGAGGAUAUUUUGCAAAAUUUUUCAGCAUAACUUGCUUCGUUUCUUCUUACUAAAUCAUCGUCAUUCAUAUUCUUUACAAUAAGAAUAAGAGGGAUAACCAGUAAUAGGAGUAAUAACAAUGACUAACAUGUAUUCACUGUUACUUCAAGUUUAAAAUAUGAAAUAGUUAAAUUGUGAAACUAUAUAUAGUUGAACAUUUACUUCUUACCAUAUUAGCUAUAUCAUGCUGAAGAAUACAAAAACAUUAGAACAUUAUAUGAAUCAAAAGGAUUUUAAUGAAUAAUUCAAAUUAAACUGCCUUAAUCGAGUCAUAAGAAAUAUUCUAAAUACAAGCAAGAUAUUAUAAAGUUUUUUGCAAAAUU